GGGGCAGCGAAGUGGGGGAAAGAGGAACCCGAUAACGAAGAAGAGGAUGACGGCGACGGCGACGGCGACGGAGACGGAGACGGCGAGGGAGCCGCGCGAGGCGUCCCGGCGGGAGGGCCGCGACUCCCACGGGAGGCGCCCGCACUCCUCGUCCAGGUCGCGCCGGGACGACCCCAGCCCGAGGAGGCGGAGAGACGACCGGAGGCACGAAUCCGACAGGAGCCACCACAGGCGUCGGGCCGAGAAGGGCGCCGAUGACGCUGGCGACCGCGACGAGAGGAGGAGCAAGCCCUUGCAGGACCCGCAGGCGCGGCGCGACGAUCCUGAUCCGGUGCGCGGGGAGGGGAAGCCGCCGCCGGGCGACGCGAAGGAGGACCCUCCCGCGAGGCACGAGAGGUCUCCCAGGGGAACCAAGCGGUUCUCCGAGACCAGAGAGGCCUGGCGGCCUAGAUCUUCUUCCUUUCAGCAUGAUGAGCGUGAACGUGCUAGGCAAGGUGGUCGACGCUAUGGUCACCAAGAUUAUGGAAGACAAAGGGAUCAAAAUGAACAUCUCGAUGAUAGAUAUAAACACAGGUCUGAAGGACAUGGUUUGCAGGAAAAGGUCGGGCAGGCUCAGCAACAGAGUGAUGUUGAUUCUACAUGGAAGCACGAUGGGUUUUUCAAGUUGGAGCAAGACGCUCCGGUUGCCAAAAGGAGGCCAGGAUUUAAGGAGAUGGGAAUGCCACUGGCGGGGCAAGAAUCAGCUCCUGCUGUUACAGAACCGCAUUCAAGAUCUCGUAUACCUGAUCAACCUGGGCUAACCUCUGGAAUGGGAGAAGAAAGGAGAAACUACCACUCACGGGAAUUCAUAAGGCCAGAUGACCGAGGUACCAGGUGGGGAUUUUCUGAUUACAGGAGCCCUGGUCAGAGAAAUGGCUAUGAUCCAAGAGGUCGUUUUGCUGGCAGAGGGGGAAGGGGCAGAGACAGGUUUGACUACCAGUAUGGUGGAAGAAGCAACAUGCACGAGGAUGCGGGUGAUCAUCAGACAGAGAAAUGGAAGCAUGACCUUUAUGAUGAGACCAACAGUACCCCAGCUCCGAUGACUGAAGAAGAGCAGAUUGCAAAAGUCGAAGCACUGUUGGCGCUGUAGUUACCAUUUCUGCUGUUGCCUGGAGUUAUUUGCGAUGGGUAAAUGAUAGACAUCUUUCCUCAUUUUUGUCUGGACUCUGUAGUUGUUUGGGAUGGCUCGAUGGUCAUGUAUUUGGUCUCAUUGUUAUCGAACGUCAACUAUAUAUGGCAAACUGCUGGAAUUUGGCAUCUUAUCUAAGCAUUUUCAUCUA